AUGGUAAUAGCAUCACACUUGCUAUGUAGGCAGGGCCUCCGUGAUAUCCAGUUCCGACCUGGAGAAACAUCACAAGCAGGUUCUGGACUCGACGAAACUACUGCAGGAUUUGGGCCUGAUGAAACUACUCCAGAGGAACCUGGACAAACUACUCCAGAAGGACCAGUAGAAACUACUCCAGAAGAAACUGGAGAAACUACUCCAGAAGUCCCUGGAGAAACUACUCUAGAAGAACCAAUAGAAACUACUCCUGGGGGACCUGGAGAAACUACUCCAGAAGACACUGGAGAAACUACUCCAGAAGGACCAAUACAAACUACUCCAGAAGAACCAGGAGAAACUACUCCAGAAGAACCAGGAGAAACUACUCCAGAAGGACCAAUAGAAACUACUCCAGAAGAACCAGGAGAAACUACUCCAGAAGAACCAGGAGAAACUACUCCAGAAGAACCAGGAGAAACUACUCCAGAAGGACCUGGAGAAACUACUCCAGAAGAACCAAUAGAAACUACUCUAGGAGAACCAGGAGAAACAACUCCAGAAGGACCUGGAGAAACUACUCCAGAAGAACCAAUAGAAACAACUCCAGAAGGACCUGGAGAAACUACUCCAGAAGAACCAAUAGAAACAACUCCAGAAGGACCUGGAGAAACUACUCCAGAAGAACCAAUAGAAACUACUCUAGGAGAACCUGGAGAAACUACUCCAGAAGGACCUGGAACUGAAGUGUCAGAGCCAGGUAUGUACUGCAGGAGUAGUAUAACAGAAGCUCGAGGCAACGACCAAUUCAGUUGA